AUGACGGUGGGUAGCGAUGGUCGGGCAGUGGUUGUUGCAGGCGGGUGGCAGCGACGACAGGCGGUGGCCGAGGUCGGUAGUGGUGAUGGUCAGUGGUGGUGUCGGUGUUCAGUGGAGAGGGUGACGGUGGUUGGUGGAUGCGGCGGGGGGUGGCGGUUGUCGGCGGCGGUUGUUGACGGUGGUGGCGGUGGUCGGUGGUGGAGGGUGACGGCGGGGGUGGUCGAGCGACGACACGGGAUGGCGGUGGCUGUUGUUGCCGGUGGGUAUUGGCAACGAUGGUGGGUGGUGGUGGUGGCGAGUGGUGGGUUGGAUGUUGAUGAAGAAGGGUGA